CGCCCACUGUUCAUGUGAUUAGCUGGUAGCCUGAUGUUUAUGCAAGGCUAUGUACUGUUUCUGAAUUCAGUCAUUUCAUUUGAGACAACCACUGCCUGAAAAUGAGUAAUCCAAAGGGAAUUAAAACAAUCACGAUCGUUGGAAGUGGGCUAAUUGGACGGUCCUGGGCCAUGGUGUUCCUCAGUGGGGGCUACAAGGUGCAUAUCUACGACAACCAGCCUGGUCAGGCAGCCAAGGCCAUCACAGAGAUCAGGAAGCAGAUGGAGGAGCUGCAUCAAGCCCAAAUGCUGAGGGGCAGCCUGGGUGCGGCAGAGCAGCUGGCACUGCUCAGCAGCCACGAUGACCUGCAGCAGGCACUAGAGGGCGCCUUCUUCGUCCAGGAGUCCAUCUUUGAGGAGCUGGAGCCAAAGCAGAAAGUGUUCCAGGCAGUUGAGUCUCAUGUCGGAGAGGACGUGGUCCUUAGCAGCUCCACCUCCUGCCUGAUGCCCAGUACCGUGUUCUCCGGAGUCCAGAACCGAUCUCGCUGCAUCGUAUCACAUCCGGUGAACCCGCCCUACUACGUGCGUCUGGUGGAGCUGGUUCCUCACCCGGACACGGUGCCCGCCGUGAUGGAGCUGGCCUACACCCUCAUGACGGAGGUGGGCCAGGCUCCCGUCAGGCUCAGGAAGGAGGUGGACGGCUUUGCUCUGAACCGCGUGCAGUACGCCAUCAUCGCAGAGUCCUGGAGGCUGGUCAAGGAUGGAAUCAUCUCAGUGGAGGACAUAGACCUGGUGAUGACCGAAGGACUGGGCAUGCGUUACGCCUUCAUCGGUCCGAUUGAGACUAUGCACCUCAAUGCACCACAAGGUCUAGAGGACUAUCUCGAGCGCUAUCGCGUGGGCAUGAAAAGAGUGCUGUCAUCCUUUGGGCCUAUACCUGAGUUCGCUGGGGAGGAAGCCGCGCUGGUCAACAAAGAGAUCUGUGAACUCAUCCCCGCUGACCAGGAACACCUCUCAGCCAGGAGAGAGAGGAGGGACAAACUCCUGAUGGCCCUUGCCAAGCUGAAGAAAUGAGUGAACGCUGCACCCCUGAUGACCUCCAGGGGCAGGGGGAGCACUGGGGGGGCGGAGGGAGGCGGAGGGAGGGUGCAGGGCUCGGAACAGAAUUCCGCUGGAGCCCUCCUGGUCAACCCGACUGUGGACCAGAAUGCAGGGUGCUCUGCCCUCUCAGUGAUAUCAACACUAGCCUUCAGGGAAGCCUGCCAAAAGUGCUCUUUGGCAAAGAGAUCUAACCACAAAAUGAAAUCUGAGUCAAUUGCAAGUACAUGGCCAAGCACUGAAAUGAAUUGGAUAGUUUUAAUGAAGUGAUUACAGUGGAUCGUUAUGUUCUUAGUAUUAAUUCAUUGUUACACUGACUUUCAUGAAAAUGUAUGAAUAGAUUUAAAUAAAUAAUCAUGGCCUUA